AUAUACACCUCUUCCGUCUCAGAAUUGAACACUCAACGAUUCGAUCAUCACAAUCUCCCAACCACAUUUGUCUGUAUCAAAAAGCAUCAUCUAUCAAUCAUGUCUUCUAAGGUUGUCGCCGGCCUGUUCAGGAGAGGGUACACGGUGGCGGCGGAGAGAGUGAAGGCGCAGGCGGUGAAGAGAGCGGCCGUGGAGUCUCCGGCGGCCGGAGAAAAAGCAGCGGCGGAGAAAGAGGCGGCGGUGUUCUGGAUGAGAGAUCCGAAGAGCGGAAAUUGGGUACCAGAAACACAUUUUGACGAUGUCGAUCCUGCUGAUCUUAGGAAGCAGCUUCUUCGCAGCAACUGCAAAAAGGUCUUUUGAACUUUUUAACGAUCCUUGUAAACUGCUAAAGUUCUGUUAUGUUGAUAUAUAUGGUUUCAAUAAAUUAAUAUGAAUGCAAAAGGCAGUUUGCUUUUUAUAACAAUAUAUAUAUAUAUAGUGGUGUAUUUUUUGUGA